AUGUAUUCGAAUACUGGCUGCGAUCAUUCAACCUAUUAUGAAGCGAUACAAGUAAAUGUAAAUGAGAGUGGCUAUUAUAAUUUUGCUAGCAACAGCAGUAUCGAUAUACUUAUUACUAUGUACAAAGAUGAUUUCAAUCCAUCCGAUACAUUAAAAAAUUUGAUCUCAAAAGAUGACAACAGCUGCCCUAACAAUCAUCAGUUCAGCUUCUCAGUUUACCUUGAGAUCAGUACUAAAUACAUCUUGAUUGUGACAACCAAAAAUCCAAAUGUAACAGGAUCAUUCUCAAUCAUUGUAUCUGGUGUCAGCAACAUAACUCUCGAACGUCUAAUUGAAAAUCAUGAUGAAUGUGUUAUUGGUGGUUUGUGUAAUGUUCAAACUAAAGGUAUCGGUAUAACUCUUGAUGAUAUUUUACGUUAUGAAAUUAACCGAAAUGUGACAUUGAAGAAUCAAUCAUUAUUAAUCAAAAUGAGUGUUGGUUUAACAAUAACUAUGUUUCUCUUGGGUUUAAUCAAUAGUAUUUUGUCACUUUUAACAUUUCAAAAUGAAAAUUUAAGAAAAGUUGGAUGUGGAAUAUAUCUUUUAGCAUCGUCAAUAACUUCUCUUCUCACAAUUUCUAUGUUUACAAUCAAUUUUUGGUUUAUUCUUCUCACUCAAAUGAAUUCAUCAAUUAAUUUAUCUGUUCGUCGGGGUGGAUGUAUUUCUAUUGAACCUCUUCUUAAACUUUUUCUUUACUUUGAUACAUGGCUUAAUGCUUGUGUUGCUAUUGAACGGGCAAUUAAUGUUUAUCAAGGUAUCCAAUUUAACAAAGAAAAGAGUAAACGUCUUGCUCGAUGGGUUAUAUUCAUUUUACCAUUUUGUAUUACAGCUACAAUCAUUCAUGAACCUUUACAUCACAAUAUCUUCGAAUAUCCAGUAAAAGAAAAGAUGGGGUAUGAAACAAAGAUAAUAGAAAUACAUAGAUGGUGCACAAUUAAUUAUUCUCGUGUUGUUCAAGAUUAUAAUACAGCUAUUCUUUUCAUUCAUCUCAUUGGUCCUUUUAUUGCAAAUCUGUUUUCUGCUUUAUUCAUCAUUCUUGGAACAGCCCGCCAACGGUCACUAGCUCAAACGAGCCAAAAUUACAUCGCACAUAUUCGUGCACAAUUACGUGAACAUAAACAAUUAGUGAUUAGUCCAGCAAUUUUACUUAUUCUAUCAACACCACGUUUGAUCAUUUCAUUAUUAUCUGGAUGUGUCAAGGUAUCUGAUAAACCUUGGUUAUAUCUUUGUGCUUAUUUCAUUUCAUUUACUCCAUCGAUACUUGUCUUCAUUGUAUUUGUCGUUCCAUCGGAAAUGUACAGAAAAACACUAAAAGAAUCACUAAGAACUUGGCAACGACGAAUUCGUCAUUAA